AUGCCCGUUACCGAAACCGAGCACAGAGACACGACCACUCCAAGGAUUUCCCCCAAUCAUGGGUCUCAACUUGCCGAAAAGGACUAUGCUCACUUUCAUCCCUCAUUCGCGAUCGUAACUUCCGUCAACACAAUCAUCGAUGAUGCUGCCGAACCGGAAAAUGAGUUCUCUGUAUGGUGGGCGGACGACCAAGACCCGGAGAACCCCAUGAAUUGGUCAAAAAGUCGGAAGCUGGGCAUCAUCGCGACACUUUCCUUCAUCACUUUCCUCACGCCCCUAGCGUCGUCAAUGUUUGCGCCUGGCAUCCCGCAAGUCAUGACCGAAUUCGGCGAAUCCGACGAUUCGAUCGCCACAUUUGUUGUCUCCGUCUUCGUACUCGGCUUUGCCCUGGGACCUUUGAUUAUCUCGCCGCUCAGCGAGUUGUACGGCCGUGUCUACAUAUAUCAUGUCUGCAACGCCCUUUUCGUUGUCUUCUCCGCUGCUUGUGGACUUGCGAUCAACAUCGAUAUGCUCAUCGCCUUCCGCUUCUUGGCUGGUUUCUCUGGUGUCGCUGUGAUUACCUGCGGCGCUGGAUCGAUUGCGGACAUGAUGCCCGUUGAGAAGAGAGGCUUCUACAUCAGUAUCUGGAGUCUUGGGCCUCUUCUCGGCCCCGUCGUGGGACCUGUCUGUGCCGGUUUCCUUGUAGAAGCCAAGGGAUGGAGAUGGGUGUUCUGGAUUAUUACCAUCACUUCCGGCGCGGUGACAUUAGCAUCCUUCUUUGUCCUUCGCGAGUCUUACGCACCAGUACUCUUGGAGAGAAAGGCAGCCCGUUUGCGCAAGGAGACUGGCAAUGAAAAGUACCAAUCAAGGAUGAAGAAGAAGGGAACCCCUCGUCAGAUUUUCUUCACAGCCAUCGUCCGUCCUGGCCGCAUGUUCUUCCGCUCGGCAGUCGUCAUGAUUUUGUGCCUUUACGUCGCCAUGCUCUACGGUUUCCUAUACAUCCUCUUCACCACAUUCACCUUUGUUUACCGCGACACGUAUGGUUUUGGUUCAGUCGGGGCCGGCCUCUCUUUCAUCGGAGGCGGUGUCGGCAACAUCCUCGGACUCGCCUACGUCGGAACCUUGUCGGAUAAGAUCAUUCAGAGACGACAAGCCGAGGGCAAGGAACCUAAGCCUGAAGACCGCCUCCAUCUCAUCCUCACGGUGCCCUCUUCGCUCACGAUCCCAAUCGGUCUCAUGAUGUACGGCUGGACGGCAGACAAGCAGCUUCACUGGAUCCUGCCAAUGAUUGGUACCGGUAUCAUGGGUUUCGGCUCGAUUGGUAUUCUCAUGACGAUCAACACCUACUUGGUCGACGCAUUCACGCUCUAUGCUGCUUCCGUUACUGCUGCGAAUGCCGUUUUGAGGAGUCUGCUAGGCGCUCUGCUACCUCUUGGAGGAUUGCAGUUGUACAACAAAUUGGGUCUUGGAUGGGGAAACACCCUGCUGGGACUGCUGACACUCGCUGCGGCGCCAGUGCCCUGGGUAUUGUAUACUUUUGGUGAGAGGAUUAGAAGGAGCCCAAGAUUCCGUCAAGACUUUUAG